UGGAAUUUGAUUCCCCGCAUGUUUAUGGAUGGAAAAGAGACAUUCGGGGACGAGGAAAGGGAAGGUCAACUCACCCCAUCCCGCCCCCUUUACAUCCCUAAUUUCAAAGUACAUUUGUAUCUCAAAUAAAGAAUGAAUGGUACGAUCAGGCAUUAACUUGAGAAACAAAAAGUAAUUGUGUAAAGAAUCUGGCCGAUGAAAUGAAACCGCUUCAACUUCCUAUUUCCCUCGCAACAAUCAACAUGCAAACUUGCCCUAAUUCUUAAACUACCACAAAUUUGGAAGAAUGGAAGGUCCGAUGGAUCGGUACCAUAAAUUAGGGCUUCAACAAUCCUUCUCCCGAAUCUAUCAGUAUCCGUUGGCUUGUAAAGAGCUUGCGUUAAUUCUCAAACUCUCCUAUUCUAAAUUCCCCAAAAACUUGCAAUCUCUUGUUCUCCAAGAUGUCCUCACUGCCUUUGGCCUUCUUCCUCGAAUGCAAACACAAACCGCCAUUCAUGCAGCAAAUACCCUCCUUCAAGCUGUGGAAUCAGCAUUGCCAAAGCAAAAGAAGGCUCAGGCUGUAACUGAGUUCAAGCAUGCUAUGGUUGCUCAUAAGAGGCAUUCCAAAGCACGAAACAAUGAAGAAGAUUUGGUUGAACUUCCACAAGAUGUUCUUGUACAUGUCUUCAGUUUCUUGGAUUUACAAUCUUUACUUUCUUCUUCACAAGUUUGCCGUUCAUGGAACAUUGCUUCAACUGAUAGCCAUGUAUGGAAGACACUCUAUACCAACACUUCAAAUAUUCUCUCCAAGAUCAAUAAUCAUGUUCAUGGUGAAUUAAUCAAUGAUAAAUGCACCCAAGAGGGCAGCCUUGACUGGAAAAAUAUUUUUAAAAAAGCAUAUGAAGCUUUUUCAUGGAAGAAGCUUCUUACAUCUUCUAGAGGCUUCUGCAAGCAUUGUCAUGCAAUUGUUUGGGUCACUGACAUGGGAAACAACAAAACAUUUGGACUGAAAUGUAAAUAUCACCAAAUCAACCCAAUAUCUACUCGACAGAUUGUUGAGUACAUAGAUGGUGAGUAUGCUUCAUCAGACAGUGAUAAUGAUAGUGAUUGUGAUUCAUAUGACGAUUUUGCCCCCAAGCUUUGGGCAUAUCCUAGGAGGAGCGAGUUUUCUCACUGAGUGCAAUGUACUAUUUUUAUCAUUUAAUGUUACACACUUGCUAGUUUUACCAUUUUAUGUAAAAUAAUAAAAAAGAGUAGUGUUUUAGGUUAAAAGGUUAGAUGAGAGUAUGAUAUAUAUGGAUUGGUUAAAUAGGUUAAAAGGGUUAAAUUUUUUGUAUUUAACCCUUAGGCCAACUCCUUUAUCAUGAUGGAUGAUUUGGCU